ACCUUGAUGAGUAAGCGGUAAAAUAGCUAAACUGACUUGCAAUCAGUACAACUUUACCCAAAAGCAAAUCAUGUUCCAGGCAAGAUAAAUCGCUCUGAAGUGGUGGUCUACUCCAGGCAUACGAGUAGGUCAAAGAACAUUCCAUCGAACAAAAAUGGCGGACGACAAGGAUCCUUUCAAACAGAUGAAGGAUCUCAACCAGCUCAAGAAUCAGCUGGAAGAGAUCCAGAAACGUGUGGAGAGUGAAUUUGCAGAAGGAAUCCCGCAGGGGGGCUCUGUGCUGGCAUCUCCCCUCCUGAAGGGUUUCCUGGCUGGCUAUAUGGUGGCCAAGCUCCGCUCCUCAGCUAUCAUAGGAGUGCUACUGGGAACAUUCACAGGCAUCUAUGCUGCACAGAACUAUCAGGUGCCCAACAUCGAAAGCACCCUGAAAGACUAUAUGAGUUUGUUUAGAAAAGGAUCCAAGUAAUGGGAAGAACCAGGCCUAGGCUUCAUCUUCUAACUGCCUGAGGUUUGGGGCACAACCACCACUUCUGUGGAUAACCUCUUUUUCAGAGGCUCAAACCUCUGCUUUGUAUACUGCAAAAAUUAUAUUUGGUUUUAACUGGAUUUUGAUGUAUCAAUUGGGAGUCGGUGUGAAAGACUGGGUUUGCGUUGGGUUUUGUGCAAAUGUUAAAGGGUAAAUCUACUGUCAGUGCCCUGGGAAAAUAUCUGUUAUUCUCAAUCUGCUGAUCAGUGAAUCAGAUUAUAAAGUGUGUAAAAGGGGAUAAGGUUACAUGCCUCGAGUGUAAGGUUACAUUGCAGGGAUGUUUGACUGCUUGCCUUAGUAACAUUGCCUGGUGCAGCCAUCUAGGCCUAAUUGAUUUUGAAUCAAUGAUGUCAACAGCAAGACAGUGUCCCAUUUUAUGUUUUCUAAGCAGAAAUACCUUUUACCAGCUUAAAAUACAAACAUACCUUGAGAAUAUCAUGUUAUUGUUGAACAGAUUUUGCCUAAAUUAUGGGAUUUGUUGCUAAUUUAGAUGUUAUGAUUUAAGGUGAGGGUAUUUGUACAUUCACAGACAUAUGCUAGUUAUUCAGGGGUGUGAGUGACAUGCAGUAUUGAGAAUGAUUGCGAUCCAGACCAUGGGGUCCGGGUCCCCGUCCUGUCGCAGCAGGUGGUGGAUGAAGGGGAGUCCACCUGGGGCUGGUAUCCCUGGCCACUCUGCUCCUGACUGGGUGCCUGUCUGCCCUGCACGCCCCCCUGUCCCUAGGCUGAGGACCAGGCGAGUCCCAGGCUUCACAUCACAGCCUGGGGCCUUGUUCUUGUGCUGGUCUACUACUUCAUCUCAGGGCUGGCGGCCGUCUACACAGAGCGGUUGCUGAAGAGCCAGCGACUACCCCUCAGCCUGCAGAACCUGUACCUGCAUGUGUUUGGAGUGGCCAUCAACGGGGUCUGCCACCUCUCCAGCAUGGGGGAGAGAACAGGGUUUCCUGGAGGGCUUCCUGACUGGCUGUAUGGUGGUUACCCAGGGGCGGUGUGGGCCAUCGUGGCAGGGCAGGCGGCUAACGGGUUGCUGAUGUCAGUAGUGCUGAAGCAUGGCAGCGGCAUCACCAGUUUAUGUCAUCUGCUCUAUGCUGGUCAACACCCUCCUAUCCAGGGUUCUACUGGGCCUGCAGCAGGCCCUUCUUUCUGUUACCCACCUCUAUGAUCAGCCUGGCAGCCUACCUGUACUACAGGUAGCAGAACUCUGCCUAAACCUACCUGUGUUAUGGACAGUGGACCCCAGCUAACUCCCAUUCCACUGCUCCACCACAAUCUCUGGCAGCAUUAUUUACCAGAUGAUGCAUUUAAAUUUAGGUUGGAAUGUUUUUUUCCCCCUUUCAUUAUAUUUAUAUAUAUAUAUAUAUAUAUAUAUAUAUAUAAUUUUACUUUAGUGACUCAUAUAUAGUAUUUUUAAUUUAAUGUCCCAAAUGGUUUAUUUAGUUUUGCAAUAUUGAUUAUGCAGUAGAAGCUGCAGGUGAGUCUUGCAGACCAUUCCAUCUCAAUGUUACUGGUUUAUCUGCUACCCAUAAUGCACACUGCCUACUUUUCACGUGCCUUUGUUUUCCAGCUUAAUCAGAUUCUGCCAUUCAUUCAUGCCUUUUCUUCAAUAUAUCAUGGGUGGACUCAUUGAAUUGUUGGAUUUGGGUAAUAAGUCUACAUUAUUUCUACAUUACACAACACUUGAGUGGUGCUAUGAUUGUCAUUUUAUUAGCAUUCAUCAUCAUUACCUCUGCCAAGUAAAAUGUCAAAGAUACAAUAUGGUACAGAAAGUGUUUAUGGAAUACCAGAUAAUAAAUGGAAUUUUUUAUUUA